AAUAAUAAUAAUAAUAAUAAUAAUAAUAAUAAUAAUAAUAAUAAUAAUAAUAAUAAUAAUAAUAAUAAUAAUAAUAAUAAUAAUAAUAAUAAUAAUAAUAAUAAUAAUAAUAAUAAUAAUAAUAAUAAUAAUAAUAAUAAUAAUAAUAAUAAUAAUAAUAAUAAUAAUAAUAAUAAUAAUAAUAAUAAUAAUAAUAAUAAUAAUAAUAAUAAUAAUAAUAAUAAUAAUAAUAAUAAUAAUAAUAAUAAUAAUAAUAAUAAUAAUAAUAAUAAUAAUAAUAAUAAUAAUAAUAAUAAUAAUAAUAAUAAUAAUAAUAAUAAUAAUAAUAAUAAUAAUAAUAAUAAUAAUAAUAAUAAUAAUAAUAAUAAUAAUAAUAAUAAUAAUAAUAAUAAUAAUAAUAAUAAUAAUAAUAAUAAUAAUAAUAAUAAUAAUAAUAAUAAUAAUAAUAAUAAUAAUAAUAAUAAUAAUAAUAAUAAUAAUAAUAAUAAUAAUAAUAAUAAUAAUAAUAAUAAUAAUAAUAAUAAUAAUAAUAAUAAUAAUAAUAAUAAUAAUAAUAAUAAUAAUAAUAAUAAUAAUAAUAAUAAUAAUAAUAAUAAUAAUAAUAAUAAUAAUAAUAAUAAUAAUAAUAAUAAUAAUAAUAAUAAUAAUAAUAAUAAUAAUAAUAAUAAUAAUAAUAAUAAUAAUAAUAAUAAUAAUAAUAAUAAUAAUAAUAAUAAUAAUAAUAAUAAUAAUAAUAAUAAUAAUAAU